GCUGAGUGUUUAUUUGAGUUGUAAACGGACUAUGAGUUGUAUACUAUGUUUUCAUCGUUGCCGAUAUUGAGUUUAUGGUGUCUUUUGAGAAUUAAAAAUAGACGGAUAAAGAAUAAUCAAUUAUAUAUGCUUGUACUGCUUCUAAUAGCGAAUACGUUAAGAACUGUGGCAAAUACACAUAUAAGCGAAAUGUAUUAUCCAUUAUUCCCAAAAGGUUGCUGUAUAUCAUUCCGCUCUAAAAUCAUUAACAUCCUAAAAAGGUGUUUUUAUGUCUACCUUUUGCUGGAGUCAUUGCAAGUGUUAAGUUGGAGUUCAGUUAUGAUCACACUUUAAUCGCAUGCUGCUUGGUAACCCUAGUGUGGUUAUCGAGCAGUAGCACAACAACAGAGAAGACAGCAAAGCUUUCAAAGAAUCGAAGUUACUCAAAAACUUGGAACAAUCCCUCGGAUAGUUUGAUAAUAGGUCACAAUGAACAAUACCACUUGAUAGUCACUCAUCAAGGCAAGGUGAUAUCGAGCAACGAAGACAUUAAGAAAUUAUUGGGUUCCGAUGAUCCAAUAAUAGUUUAGUAGAUAAUUAAUGAAAUAAUCAUUCGCAAAGUGGACAAACAAAUCAAGGAGAGAAAAAUGUUGAAUUUAUUGGAGAUGAUCAAUGCUCAUCAACCGAAAUGUAAGAUCUUGGAUUGUUCUGCUGCCUUCGGUGAUCAUUACAUGAUUGAACUCAUCAAUUACAAUGACAAUGUGGGCAUGAUCUUUGUAGAUCUCUACGAAUGCAAAGAAUAUUGGGAAUGCAAAAUAACUAAACAGUUGAUGAACCAAUUGUUUAGGAGUUUCAGUCAUGAAUUCAGUACUUCCCUCAAUUGCAUAAGGAUACUAGCUGAAAGUGCCAUCGAAGACAUCGAUGACGAUUAUGUAGUUAACAAUAUCCUCUAGCCCAUUCUGAAUAGUUGUUACAUUCUCAAUUCAAUAGUGUAGGAUGUCCGAGAUUUCAGUUUGAUUCUCUCCAAAAACUUCAUCUUCACUAUUCAGAUUCAGAAUGUUUAUCUACUCAUCAACGAAGUCGCUGACUUGUAUCGACAACAAUUGACCAUGAAGGGAGUCGAAUUGAACAUCAAGAUGAAUGAAAUAUAUAUUCACACUGAUGGCCAACGUUUCAAGUAAGUCUUAAACAAUCUGCUCUCCAAUGCUCAAAAAUUCACCUUCACUGGCAAUAUCACCAUCACUCUCACUGAAUAGAUCGCAAGAGAUCAGGUCUAUGUCAAAGUCAGUGUCUCAGAUACAGGUUCAGGAAUGAAUUCUGAAACGCAAUCCAAACUCAAGGAAUUCCUAAAUUAGCCACACAAACGAUAGUCCAAUUUCAAUUAUGGGUUGGGUUUGAUGAUCAGUAAUAGUAUAUGCAAUGGCUUAUCCCCUAAUUAUGAAUCUGGAAUCCAUUUCGAGUCCAACAAUCAAAAUGGGUCAGUCUUCUGGUUCUAUUUGGAGGAUCUCAAGAUGCUCGAGACUCCUGACUUAAUCAGCAAAAGAACCAUCAAAUACAAUAAGAUUGUAAGUUCUGGUCGAAGUGUACUUGAAUAGAGUUUCCUUAUUAGUCCGAGUGAUAAGAAGAGACAAUCCUCUUUCACCUUCUCUCUCAAAGGCAAACAAAAAUUAAUCGAGAAGAAUUCUGAAAGUAAAUCCAUAUAUCAUACAUAUUACAGAUUUCUCUGAACCUGAUGAAAAUAUAUGUGCUCCGUACAUUUUUAGGGAAACCAAGAAACCGAAAAAAUGCAAACAUUCCCCGAUUGAUCAAACUGCGAUCGAAAUACACGAAGAUAGAGUUAAGAUCCUCAUUGUCGAUGAUGAAUUUGUUAACAUCUAUGCACUCACAACCAUGUUUUCGAGAUUGAACAUUAAAUGCGAUCAGGCACACAAUGGCAAAGAAGGAUUAGACAAAUUCAAACAGCAUUAUUACUAAGUUAUCUUAAUGGACAUCGAAAUGCCCAUCAUGAAUGGCAUACAAGCUACCUCAUUGAUCAUAGAUUACUGUCAUUCAGUUGAUUUGGAUCCUCCCAUCAUCAUUGCCCAAACUGCCUACACUGACAUGCAAACUAAAUAACUGUGCAAAGAAGCUGGAAUGGACUAUUUCUUACAGAAACCUAUUAGUACAAGUGAAAUUAAAUAAAUUUUAUAAACCAUUAAGUUGUCAUAAUGAACAAAAAAAUACUAGUGAUCACAGAUAUAUCUCGAACUCUUCUUCUCGCUGAACGAUUGGGCAAAUAGUUGUAUUUGGAUCGCAGGAGGGAAUUAGACAACAUCAAACCAAAUGACAAAUACGAAAAUCACAGUAUCAUCUGGAGACCAGGAAGAGAAUUCUUUCUUGAUUCCCUCAUGAUUAAAUACAGAGACAGAUUCGAUGUUGCAGUCUGGUCCAGUUUGGAUAGAGACAAGACCGCUGCUUUUGCUAAGUCCUUUUUCGGAAAACACUUUAGGAAUUUGCUUUUUGUUAGCACCUGCAAUCGUGAAUAAUACGAAGGCACCUAAAAAGAGUACAGCACUGAGCCAAUCAGAAUCGACAGAGACUUAUCCUUGAUUAACUAGAAAUUUCCUAAUUAUGAUCUUCCUAAUAUAGUGAUGGUGAAUGUGUUCCCCAAUCUGUUGGAAUAACACUCUUGUAUUACAUUUGUCACUAUGAAGUUAAUGACAUCAUCAUACCCAAAUUUGAUCCGCAGUAUGUUGAUGUACAAAGCGAUGGAUCUCUGGAUUUAUUGGUCAAAUAUUUGAAUGGUCUCUCAAUGCUAAUCAAUAAACAAAGAGUUCAAGAUAUUAGAACUGCAAUCAGAGCCAAACCUAUUGAGAAUAUGGACAAAAGAAUGGACAAUCUACGUAAUAAAAUGCAUGAGUAUUUAUGA